AUGGGAAGAGCACCAUGUUGUGACAAAAAUGGACUCAAGAAGGGCCCUUGGACCCCUGAAGAAGAUCAAAAACUCAUUGAUUAUAUACAUAAACAUGGCUAUGGAAAUUGGCGAACCCUUCCAAAGAAUGCUGGGCUUCAGAGGUGUGGAAAGAGUUGCCGCCUUCGUUGGACUAACUAUCUAAGGCCUGAUAUCAAAAGAGGAAGAUUUUCAUCCGAAGAAGAAGAGACAAUAAUUCAACUGCAUAGUAUAUUGGGGAACAAGUGGUCUGCAAUAGCGGCUCGUCUUCCAGGAAGAACUGAUAAUGAAAUCAAGAAUUACUGGAACACCCACAUUAGAAAAAGGCUUCUUCGAAUGGGAAUUGAUCCAGUGACUCACAGUCCUCGCCUCGAUCUUCUUGAUUUAUCCACUAAUUGCCCACUGAAUGAAUGGCAAAGCAGUGGAUUAAUGCCAUCUAUUUGGGCAGAAGAUUAUGUACCUGCAGUCACAAAUUACGGCUACUACGGGCCGUCCAAUCAAUCCAUCAUAGAUCCUCCUCCGUCUGAUGAUCAUACUUCAACAUUUCAAUCUAAUAGCAGCAAUAAUUUCAACUUCCAGUCCGUUUUGUCCAAUAUAUCAACGCCUUCAUCAAGUCCAACGCCAUUGCAAUCAAACUCAACUUAUAUUAACAGCAGCAGUACAAGUCAUGAAGAUGAGAGAGAGAGCUACUGCAGCAACAUGUUAAAUUUCGAUAUUCAAGAUAUCUUGAAUGCAAAUGAAUUUAUGUAA